GGUAACUGCCGCAGUUUAUUGUUUACUACUUUUCCUAAACCUGGCUUCCGGUUGGAGAAUCACACGCUUCGAACUAUUGAAGUUGUUAACGAGGAUCUCUGCAUGUUCCAGUGCUACCUGGAACCUAACUGCGUCAGUUAUAACUUCUGUGAGAUGAAACAGUUGUUUGGAAAACAUGAGUGUGAUCUGAAUAACGCGACUAUUGAACAUGAUGAAGACCUGGUGAAAAACGAAAGUUACAUUUACCGCGGAGCAGAGGUGGGGAUGAAUUCUAUGAGGGAAAAGUAAUACUCUUUGUACAGGAAAGCUCUGAUACGAAAUCAAGGGAUAUCCCGGCCUCUCCUACUAAUUUAAAUAACCCUCUCACAACGGGAAUAACUGUAACGCGAGCAUCCACGUAUAUCACCAACAACCUUGCGUGGAAAGAGUGCAACAAAAGCGCUCGCGAAAAACAAAUUAAGAGUACACUCGAGGACCACGAAGGUGGACGGGUGGAAUCAAGAAACCUCUAAAACCUAGCCCAAAAAAUGGAACUGCAUACAUGAGACAUACGCACACUAUUGCAAGUGCGGACGACAAACACGCGGGAAGGAUUUGUUAGCCUGCCAAAACAUCAUUUUAAAUUUCUCUAUUCCUUUCCUUCCUAAGAAUGCUUGUAAGAGAAAUCCUUGCAAAAAUAACGCAACAUGCCAAGCUGGGUUUACAGACAGAAACUAUCAGUGUUUGUGCGUUGAUGGAUCUGGAUUUAAAGGCCAUGAUUGUGAUGAGGGUAAGGAAUCUUAUACUAUUAUUAGUAUAGCUAAUCACAUGAUUUCGAGUGAAAUUUGGGGUAAAUCAGCACGAGUAUAUUUUGAAAGGCCAAUCAAAUUGCACGAGCCUGUACGCACGCAUAUGUUGCGCUGGUUUAACUCCUUGAUAAUUUUAUUCAGGGGGAUCGUUGUAUGCUUUCAUAGCCGUUUCUGGAAGCCAGACUUUUGACCAGUUGAUUGUCAUUCGUUGGAUGCUUUUAUUUUUAGCAUUCGCCCUAAAACUCUCAAUUAAAACAUUGUUGCUUUCUCCUCACUUGUCAGCCAUUUUGUUUGUUGUGCUUACGCGACUUACUGUCAAUCGGUUUGAUUUUAACUUUCUACAUUGUGUGGGAUAAAUUCACGUGCUCUCGGCCAAUGCACAUGCUGAAAUUCUUGCAUGUGUUUUACUAAAGAAACAUGAUGUACUAAUAAGUUUCUCACCUCUGUCACCUCUGACUCUGACAUUUAGAUUUCAGUGGGUCGUAAGUGACUGAGUCAAUAACGUAACCUGAAGAAAUUGGAAACCUUGGUAUUCUUGCGGUCACAGGAGCUGUUUGGGCUGUAUUUUAACUCUUAUAUCUUCUAAUGAAGCCAGCUUUUGGUAGCAUAUAGUUUUUAAAAGAAUGGCUGUUUAUCAGCGUUCUUUCCAACCGCGGCCCUGAGUAAAAGCAAUAUUGGCAAAGCCAAAAAUAAUUGUAACCAUUUCUUACAAGUAUCAUAACUUCGAUUUUUACGAAGGAUUUACAGCUGUUUUUACAAAUCUUGGUAAGAGUAGAACAGAGGGUCCAGACUCAGUUGGCAGUCACUACGCAGGCCAGGAUCAUGACGGACAAGUUACAGUGUCCGGCGGUAUUCAACUGUGGACUGUGCCACAAACUGGUGAAUACAGAAUAGAAACAAUAGGAGCCUCAGGGGGGUACAGUGAGGACAGUGUCAUCAAAGGAGGAAGAGGGGCGCGGAUGAUUGGAAACUUUAUGUUGACCAAAGAUGAAAUCAUUCGUAUACUUGUUGGUCAAAGAGGGGAAAGACGGAAUUCUAGCAAAAAAACUGGCUCAGGCGGAGGAGGUACAUUUGUAGUAAGAGGAAACAACAAGCCUUUGAUCAUAGCUGGAGGUGGAGGAGGAGUUGCAAAAAUGACAAAAAAACAUUCAGGAUGUGAUGCGUCCAUAAACACAACAGGAAAUGCAGGGUAUAACUCGCCACCCCUGUCUGGAGGAAGUAACGGAAAUGGAGGACAAACUGAUAAACCGCCCUCUGGUACGUGAAGAAUUUCCCAUCUAUGGAUACUGAAUUACUUUUUUUGCAUUCUGCUGCUAUCCAUCAGUAUUUCGAACAAAGAGGUGGCACUGGUCGCUCAAAUUUGGAUUUUUUUUCAGAAUUACUAAAAGCCAUGAUCUGUUAAGUUGCUAAGGUCAACAGUAAAUCUUUUGAUUUUAGGUGGUGCUGGCGGCGGCUUUUACAGUAAUGGAGAGGACUCAGAGACUUCUGGUGGAGGCGGAAAGGGAGGUAAAGGAUUUCUGGGCGGGGGAGAGGGGGGAGCACAUCGGGGUGGGUUCGGAGGUGGGGGUGGAUAUCGUGCAGGUAAUGAUUUGCCUGGGGGGGGUGGAGGGUACUCCGGAGGAAGUGGAGGUGCGAAUAAAGAUAUUUCCUGUGGGGGAGGGGGAGGUUCUUUCAACAACGGAACAAAUCAGCAAAAUGAAUGUUGUUAUAAUACUGCUGGACAUGGUAAAGUGAUCAUUACAUUUCUCCAUUGA